CAGCGGCGGCAGCGGCGGCAGCGGCGGCGGCGGUAAGAUGGCUGCCCACGGGGGCUCCGCGGCGUCCUCGGCGCUGAAGGGGUUAAUUCAGCAGUUCACCGCCAUCACCGGUGCAAGUGAAAGUGUAGGAAAACAUAUGCUGGAAGCCUGCAACAAUAAUCUGGAGAUGGCAGUCACUAUGUUUUUGGAUGGUGGAGGAAUUGCUGAAGAACCCAGUACCAGUUCAGCAAGUGUCUCCACUGUCAGACCACACACAGAAGAAGAAGUGCGUGCUCCAAUUCCUCAAAAGCAAGAAAUAUUGGUGGAACCAGAACCUUUGUUUGGUGCUCCUAAACGACGACGUCCUGCACGUUCAAUAUUUGAUGGUUUUCGAGAUUUUCAAACUGAAACUAUUAGGCAAGAACAGGAAUUAAGAAAUGGAGGAGCAAUAGAUAAAAAAUUAACUACUCUUGCAGAUCUAUUCCGGCCACCCAUUGACUUGAUGCAUAAAGGCAGCUUUGAAACAGCCAAAGAGUGUGGCCAAAUGCAGAAUAAGUGGCUGAUGAUAAACAUUCAAAAUGUACAAGACUUUGCAUGCCAGUGCCUCAAUCGUGAUGUAUGGAGCAAUGAAGCUGUAAAGAAUAUCAUCCGGGAGCAUUUCAUUUUCUGGCAGGUUUACCAUGACAGUGAGGAAGGUCAGAGAUACAUACAGUUUUAUAAGCUAGGGGACUUCCCAUAUGUUUCCAUCUUGGACCCACGGACAGGUCAGAAGCUAGUAGAGUGGCACCAAUUAGAUGUGUCUUCUUUCUUGGACCAAGUGACAGGAUUUCUGGGUGAACAUGGGCAACUGGAUGGACUUUCUAGCAGUCCCCCCAAAAAAUGUGCCCGAUCAGAGAGCCUUAUAGAUGCAAGUGAAGACAGCCAGUUAGAAGCUGCCAUCAGAGCCUCCUUGCAAGAGACACAUUUCGAUUCAACACAGACAAAACAAGAUAGCCGUUCAGAUGAAGAAUCUGAAUCUGAACUUUUUUCUGGCAGUGAGGAGUUCAUAUCUGUUUGUGGUUCUGAUGAAGAAGAGGAGAUAGAGAAUCUUGCCAAGUCCAGAAAGUCUCCUCACAAAGAUUUGGGGCAUAGAAAAGAAGAAAACAGAAGGCCUAUGACCGAGCCCCCUGCCAGAGUUGACCCGGGAACAGCCACUAACCACCAAGUAUUGACAGCUGUGGAUACAGAGAUCCUGGAGAUGUCGCCUGAAAAAUCAGAUGGAAUAGUGGAGGGGGUAGAUGUAAAUGGACCAAAAGCACAGCUGAUGUUGCGGUACCCAGAUGGAAAAAGGGAGCAGAUCACUCUUCCUGAACAAGCUAAAUUGCUAGCUUUGGUAAAGCAUGUCCAAUCUAAAGGAUAUCCAAAUGAACGCUUUGAACUACUCACCAACUUCCCUCGAAGAAAACUGUCUCAUCUGGACUAUGAUAUUACAUUACAGGAGGCUGGCCUUUGUCCUCAAGAGACAGUCUUUGUGCAAGAAAGAAAUUAACAUCAUGGCCUGACCUCUCUCAGCUUACCCCUUUUUUCCCUUUUCUCAUGAGAUACCAUGUUAUUAAGUAAUGCAUUUGGCUCAUAGGACCAUAGAGCCAAAGUUGGGCAAGCAAGUCACCUGCCUUCUCUUACUCCUUGUUCUUGUCUGUACUCAGUCUCUUUCUCCCCUACUACUUUUUCCUCCUUUUCUCUUGCCUUCUAUUUGCUUCUUUUCCCUUCUUUCUCUCUUCCCUAAUCUGGUGACCAAAUGGAAGUAUAAGGAUAAGAUCUUUCCUAGUACUGGCAGCAGGAAAUGUGUGUCCCACUAAGCGGUCACUUGCACAGCACUUUGGGAUCAGAUGAUAAUGUGUUCAGGCUCUUUUACAAAAGAAAAACAACAAAACUUUCCAGAUUCAGAAUAAAAACAAGCCCCUUUUCUGUAAGCCCCCAUUUGUAGUUGGGAAAAGAAAUUCUUUAAACACAUGUAGGAAAAUACCUUCAUGACAAAAUACUUAGGCUUUCAUUUACAUGGAAAAUACCUCCCUCAUAAUUAUUGCUCACCAUAUUUAAUCAUUAUUCCAAAAGAUUCCUAUAUUGUAGUUACAAGAGUUAUUUCCAUAAUAUGUGUCAUUGGCAGAGUGAGUGCUCAGUGUAGGAUGUGUAGCAUGGGGCAGCUUUCAAUGUCCUAGCUUGAGAGAACUUUCUUUAUUAUUACUCUAUUAAGUAUAUUGAUCCUGCUAGUCCUAGAGUGCACAUUUAGUGAGCAUAAUGUGAUUGGUGUAGGGAGGUGCUUGCUGUUUUUGCCAGUGCAGCAUAUUAGUUCCUUUAGCUCCUCAUUGUCUGGGUCUACAGUGAUCUGUAGGAAGGCAGCUGUUUGAUAAUCAUGCAGUACAGUGGCUUGUGAUUGUAACCACUGUGGCUAUUGAUUGUCCUAUGUACUUAAGGCAUACUUAUGUGUGUCCCAGGGGAAGAAGAAAAACAUGCAGCUGAGAGUUGCUAACCAUGUUCCCUUGGUUAGAACUGAUUCACUUUUUUACCCCUGGUUGGAAUAAUUGCUGAAAGGCUCUGGUGACCGAUAAGACUUUAAUCCUCACCGUUUUCUUUCAGAAGAAAUCAAAACUGAGAGUCUCUGAGGGAAGACCUUUGAAGUUAGCUCAUAAGACAAUAGCUAGUAAAGGGGGGGGUUAUCACAAUUAUUUGUAAUCAUCAGAUGUUGCAGGGGUUUUCUGCCAACAGAAGCCACAUUCAAAUAAUAGUUGGUGAACACUUUUCAGUAUUAUUUCAAAAAGGCCAUCUUAAAUCUAUAUAAUGCUUUUAACUUGUCAGCAUCACUAUAUGCUCAGUUUUUACUUUGAGCUUUAGAGUACUCAAAUGAGGUAUUAGUGAUCUGGUGACGAAACCAGAACUUUUAACUUAUACAACCAUUAAAAGAACACAAAUGACCUAUUUUGUCAAUUGGGGAUUUAGAUGAAUUCUAAUACUUAAGGAACAUGAACUAUUGCUCAGAGACCUUUAGAUUUUUUUCCCAUCUACGUUAAGAUAGUUCUCUUGGCAACUAGGGGAUUAAAAACAAACAAAAAAAACAUGCUGUGUAUUGCUUGUACACAAUUACACAAUACGGUUUUAAUGGCUGGAGUUUUGAGGAUCCCUCCUGAAGAAUGGAAUAUAUAUCUUCUCAAGGAAAUCAUGGAAAGUUGUUAUUCUUCAGUGAGUCCUUUUGAAUUAAUGUUCUUUUUUUUUGUCUGUGUAAGUGCUAUGUAUAAGUAUAUAAUUGUAUAAAUAUUUAUAAAUAUAUUUAUAUAAUUACAGUUUCAUUUAUACCUUGAGUCAAAGUUCUCUCUUCAGAUUGGUGGCUGAGUAAUACCACUUUGAUGUUUUUAACAGACUUUUGAGGCUUAACUAGCAGCUUCUAAUUUAUUGAGGAAAUGGCUUAGACUUUAAUUCCUCAUUUAUGUCCCAGAACUUGGAUGCAAACUUGCUAUCUAAGGAAUAGAGCUAUAGACUAUCAAGGGUACAGUGGAGAGUAAAAACUUAUUGGUAGUAGGUAAGAUCAGAAAUCUAAAAUUUUAGGGAAGCACAGGGUAAGAAGGCUGGGUAUGCUCAGAUUUGUGCUGUGCCAGCACCCAUCUUUAACCCCCAGCACACUCAUAGCCAAAGUCUCCCCCAAAAAAACAAGUCAAGAAUUUUCCCAUUAGGACCCUUUCAUCCUCUUACCCACUAGCUUUUCUUCAUAAAAUAUUUCUUGAGAACCUGAGGAAGCAUGUUCAUAAAUGAGAGGAUGUAGUUCUUUUUUACAUGCUCAGCACUGGCAUAUCUAUUUCUGAGAAUCCAAAGUGACUUUUUCAACUUAAGUUAUUGUGGAAUGCCCAAGUAUAUGAUUUAAGUAAGAGACGGGGCAUAGUUCAGUCAUCCAACUUAGAUAUAAUGAGGAUUUUAGAAUACAGGUGUAGAAGAUCUUGAGAGAAGAGUGUUAUUAUCUUGGGUUUGAUAGAGUGGUCUGUAGGGAGGGUAUGGUUGUACAGUGCAAGAGUAAAUAAGAGUAUUGCCUUGCUCAUGAACUUAAUCUACAUAAGGAGUAUGCUUGCUAGAGUUUGCUUUAUUUCUUCUGCAAGUUACUUUGCUCAUCAAAGGAGUGAUUUCACUGAAUAUGUUAAAUGUGGUCAGUAAGGCUAUUUAAAAAUAGUUACUAUAACAAUUUCAAAGAGAGUUUCAAGAGAUGGAAAAUGAAAAGAACAAGAUAGACUGAGUAUAAUAGAAACACAGGGAGACAAGUAAUGAGA